UACAAAAUAAAAUGACAAAACCAAAUGUUUUUCUCCUCCCCAUACUUCUUAUUGCUUCUCUCUUUUACUUAUCCCACACCUUAACACUUUUUGGCAUCCCAAUCGAUGAAGUCUACAUUCGUGGUACCCUGCGUUGUAGCCUUAACGGAAACCCAAGUGCACCACCAGUCUCCAAUGCCACAGUCUACUUAGUAUGUGGCGGCGCAAACUCAACCAUCGCUCAAGCAGUGACAAAUCCGUACGGUGUAUUCGUCAUUGUGCUCAACACAGUAGAGACGCUUUUGAUCAAUCCAAGUGAAUGCAGUAUCAAAGCAAAUCUUCCGACUGGCACGUGCGAAAUCAUUCCACCGGACGGCACACUCAGUGCCUCAGUUAAUCUGGUCAACAUCACCAUCAGGGGUCUUCUUUUUAUAGCUAACUAUGCCGCCGGUGCAUUCAGGGGCGAAGCCAGGAAAGUUUUGUUAUGGGGACCCCCCAUAAACUACAGUGUGACGUGUAUGUGUCCGUUUCGGACGAACCUAGCAAAAGAUUCGGGUGUCCAUCUUUUCUCUAGAGUUUUUUGGCGAUGUGUGACUAGUCAUGAAGCAUUUGUGCCCUUGGUCGACGCCCAUAAUAACCGGAGCAGGCUUGCCAUCCUCUUCCACUUGGUGCUUCUUGGAGUUUCAUUCGGGUUCGACUCUGUUUAUUCUCUGCUGAUGGAUAAUGUCUUUAUGCAAGUACACCGGCAAAUCAAGAUCUUUAGCCUCUUUUGA